GUAAUCCAGCCACAAGCUGUCUGCCGCUUCCUUGGCGUCAUGCUGGACCGCCAGCUGUGGUUUCAUGCUCAUGUCGCCCACGCUCUCGCGCGUGGCACGGCGUGCCUCGCAGCCAUCCGUCACCUGGUUGGUCCUCGCCACGGCGCGGCACCAACAGCCGUCAAGCGCCUCUACAUGUCGGUCGCGAUCCCCUGCGUUCUAUAUGCGGCAGACGUCUUCCUCCACCCGGAAGGCCUAGACCGGGAGGGCAGGCGAGUCCGCGGUUCGGUUGGCGCAAUCCGCAAACUCGCCACACUCCAGCGCCAGGCGCUCCUUCUCAUCACAGGUGCUCUCCGCACUACCGCUACCGACGUGCUUGAGAUACACGUCGGCCUCCUCCCGUUUCUACAGUGGUGA